GAGAGAGAGAGAGAGAGAUGGAAGUCUGGUUUGUGAAGGCUCUAUGGAGCUUGUGUUUGGUAGGGUUUUGCAGUUUGAUCGGAUAUAUCUUAAAUGCUGUAUGGAUGAAGCCGGAGAGGCUUCGAGAGAAGCUUAGAAAGCAAGGAAUCAAAGGACCUCCACCUUCUUCUUUUCUGUCUGGAAAUGCUGCUGAGAUGACAAAGAUCAAAUCAGAGGCUUUGAAUAUGAAGCAGGUUAAAGACCAUGGAGAGAUUGCUGCCCAUGAUUACACUUCUGCUCUCUUCCCAUAUUUUGAACACUGGAGAAAACAAUACGGUCUAGUAUACAUGUAUUCAACUGGAAGGACACAACACUUGUAUGUGAAUCACCCUGAUCUUGUGAAGGAGAUAGGUCAAGUUAUAUCUUUCGAUUUAGGGAAGCCAUUGCACUUGGCAAAGACACUUAAUCCUUUGCUAGGUAAGGGUGUUCUGGUCUCCAACGGCCAUGUUUGGUCCCACCAGAGGAAAAUCGUUUCAGCCGAGUUCUUCAUGGACAAGGUUAAGGGCAUGGUGGGGCUAAUGCUGGAGUCUGGGCUGGCAUUGAUAGAGAAAUGGGAGAAGCGAGUAGUUGAAUCUAAAGGAGGGAUUGCUGAGAUAAAAGUAGAUGAAGAUUUGAGGGACUUCUCUGCUGAUGUUAUCUCUAGAGCUUGUUUUGGGAGUUCCUACUCUCAAGGCAAAGACAUUUUCUCUAAGAUCCGGGUCCUUGAAAAGAUGUUAUCCGAGAAAGGGUUCCUACAUAAGGGAGCAACUUUCAGAAAUUUUCCAACCAAGAGUAACAGAGACGUAUGGAAGCUAGAAAGAGAGAUUGAAUCAUUAAUAUUGAAGACAGUAAAGGAGCGAGAAGAAAAAACCUUGGGUAACCCUAGCUUAGAGAAAGAUCUAUUACAAAUGAUACUAGAGGGUGCUAUGAGUGAUAAGUUAAGUAGAAAAGCCUCUAAUCGCUUCAUAGUUGAUAACUGCAAGAACAUCUACUUUGCUGGUCAUGAAACUACAGCAGUUGCUGCAGCUUGGUGUUUGAUGUUAUUAGGUUUAUAUCCCGAGUGGCAAGACCGUGUUCGUCGAGAAGUUUUUCAAGUUUGCAGAGGUGGAGUCCCAGAUAAUGAUGCCCUACGCAAGUUGAAAACGGUUGAAAUGGUGAUUCAGGAAACCUUGCGACUCUACCCUCCUGGAGCAUUCAUAUCAAGAGAGACAUUGAAAGAUACAAAGCUAGGAGAUCUCAUUGUUCCCAAAGGCAUAAGAUUGUGGACUCUGAUACCCACAUUGCAUAGAGACCCAGAUGUUUGGGGACCAGAUGCAAACGAAUUCAAUCCAAGUAGGUUUGAAAAUGGUAUCUCUGAAGCUUGCAAGUAUCCACAAACAUAUGUGCCUUUUGGAGCUGGUCCAAGGUUGUGUUUGGGAAGGAACUUUGCACUGGCAGAGUUGAAGGUUCUGCUUUCUCUUAUGGUUUCCAAAUUCUCUUUCUCUAUUUCUCCAAAAUAUCAACAUUGCCCUAAAUUUGUGAUGAUUGUGGAGCCUAAGUAUGGAGUAGAUCUCAUAGUAAAGAAAAUAUAGACUGAAAAAUCAUGUGGAUGAUAAGAAAGAGGGUUUGGUUG